GUACCACCACCACCACCACUCGAGCGAGCUCGGCCAUUUCGUUCUGCACCAGGACAGCGGGAGUGUCGGUAGGCGUUCGCUGCCUGCUUGUGCCGCCGUUUCUCUGCUAGCUCUUCACGUGCGCGCCAUGGCCGCCUCCUCGAGCUCCUGCCUCUCCGUCCUCCUCGCGUCGUGGCUCGUGUGCGCGGCGUGCCUCUUCGUCUCCGGGAACGCUUCGGGGGCGGCGCACAGGGUGGUCGACCCCGAGUGGCACCCGGCCACCGCCACCUGGUACGGCAGCGCCGAGGGCGACGGCAGCGACGGCGGCGCGUGCGGGUACGGGACGCUGGUGGACGUGGUGCCGAUGAAGGCGCGCGUGGGCGCCGUGAGCCCCGUGCUGUUCAAGUCCGGCGAGGGCUGCGGCGCCUGCUACAAGGUGCGGUGCCUCGACCACGGCGUCUGCUCGCGCCGCGCCGUCACGGUCAUCGUCACCGACGAGUGCCCCGGCGGGGUCUGCGCGGGCGGCCGCACGCACUUCGACCUCAGCGGCGCCGCGUUCGGCCGCCUCGCCGUGGCCGGCGCCGGCGGCCAGCUGCGCGACCGGGGCGAGAUCAACGUCGUGUUCCGCAGGACGGCGUGCAGGUACGGGGGCAAGAACAUCGCCUUCCACGUGAACGAGGGCUCCACUAGCUUCUGGCUCUCCCUGCUGGUGGAGUUCGAGGACGGCGACGGCGACAUCGGAUCCAUGCAGCUCAAACAGGCCAACUCGGCGCAGUGGCGAGACAUGCAGCACGUCUGGGGGGCCACGUGGAGCCUCACCCCGGGCCCGCUCGUCGGGCCCUUCUCCGUGCGGCUGACGACCCUGUCGGGCAAGCAGACGCUCACGGCCCAGGACGUCAUCCCCAAGAACUGGGCCCCCAAGGCCACCUACACCUCCCGCCUCAACUUCGCGUAGAGGCCUUCUGCCUUGGCCCGCCGCGUAUCUAUCGUUCUGUGCAGUUUGAUGUCGCGUGAAGGGGAUAAGCUGGUAUAGUAGUGGAUAAACCUGGUGUUUAGGGCCCAGGUAGCCCUCUCCGAACUGGAGAGAGAGCGUCUGAUUGGUCGGCGUGGGCCGCAUGCUUCCUGGAGGCUGGAAAUGGGAGCUCGAUCCGGUGAAGAGCGGCUGGGGAACCAAAGGCGUGAGCGUGACGUGACUCCUCUUCGUUUUCGAUGGACUCAUGCAGUGCUUAUUUCUGUGUUCUUCUCUCUUAACUUAUCUAUUGUUGUUGUUAUAUUUUCGUGCCCUUGGUACAUGGGCUGUAACUUGCUGUCACCUAUGCGCACCGUAAACUAUAAUAAUCAUGUAUUGUUCGUUAUGUUAGUC